UGAUUAAACUCACCUGUGGAGCUCGUGCUGCGGCUCUGAGCGGAGCUGCUGACUGACCGAACCGAGGACGUGGCCGUUACCUGCCGGCGGAGGGAUGCAGAAAGGCCUGAAGAAGUACUUCGUCAACAUGGACGAGUACCUGUGCAGUCUGGGCCUCUACAGGAAGAUGGUGGCCCGGGACGCGUCCAGUCUGUUCCGAGCCGUGUCAGAACAGCUGUAUUACUCUCAGAACUAUCACCAGAGGAUCCGUCAGGACUGCGCCGACUUCAUGAGAGCCAACAGAUGUAACUUUGAGCCGUUUGUUGAAGGUUCGUUUGAGAAAUACCUGGAACGUCUGGAGGACCCGAAGGAGACAGUGGGUCAGGUGGAGAUAAAGGCUCUGUCACAGCUCUACAGGCGUUGUUUCCUGAUCUAUCGUUACCCUGGGAAACCAGCCACGGUGAUCUCAGAGGACGACUUUGUGGACAAGGUGACGCUGUGUUGCUCCAUCAAUGGUCACUAUGACAUUGUUUACCCAAGGAGUUAUCCUGCCUCCGCCGCCCUGUGUCAGUCUCUGCUCUAUGAGCUGCUCUACACUCAGGUGUUUGGGGUGGAGGAGGCAGAGCUCUGUCAGGCCAUGGAGGCCUUCAGGGUUGGAGGUCGUCGCUAUAGAAACAGCCCAUCAAUGUGUAGUGACAUCGAUAUCGGCUAUGACACACAUGAGGACCGCACUCACAGAGAGGAGGUGGAGCUGGGCGGAGCUGCUGAGGAGAGACUGCGAGCUGUGACAGACGACACAAAGCCUCCUGUAGAGGCCCCGCCCCCUGCUAGACUGUCUCUGUCCUAUAAAGUGAUGAAGUCUCUGGAUGGAGAAGUUUACAGAAACCUGGAGUUUGACGUCUGGCAGGACACCUGUAAAGAGAUGCAGAAGACGGACUACAUGGUGUUCGCAGGGCGGCAGUACUUCUUGGGAGACAAGUGUCAGGUGCGUCUGGAGCCAAAAGGGAAGUACUACAACGCCUUCAUCCAGGAAGUAGGAACGCAUUCAUCAGCUGUCACCGUCUUCAUCGAGGAGCUAGGAGAGAAGCACCUGGUUCCUCUCACUGAUCUAAAACCAGUGAAUCCAGUUCCAGCCUGGAACGUUGCUGCUCCAACUAGAAAAGGAGACCUGGACUUGGACUCUCGAGGUCAACGUCAUCACCGCCAUCGGUACUUCAGGAAGUCUCGGGGCAGCAGCGGAGUGAAGGGGGCUGAGCUGCUGAUUACACCUCAGUCCUCCUAUGGAGGCCCGGCCCCCUCUGGCCUGCCCCCCCGCUUCCAACCAGCAGGUCACCCCCGCCCACCCCCGCCCCCAUCACCAGGAGCCCUUACCUAUGACCCAUACGCCCCCCCACACCACCACCACCACCACCACCCAACCACAAGACCCCCUCGCUAUGGAGCAACCAGAAGCUCCUCCCGUUUCCUGAACCGUCACCUAAUUGGUCCACAGUUGACGUAUUACCACCCUGGCAGACGUUACUGUCAUGACUAUGAGAACUACACCUUCAGGCCACGUCGCAGUCGCCGUCAGCUGGCAGCUCUGAAUAAAGAUUGUCAGUUUGGGUUCUCCACGGAAACUGUGGACGAGACAACGGAUCUGGACCCCACUAUCGCCUACUACCAGCUGGAUGAUGGCAGUGACGGUGUCUUCCCUCCACUGACGGGUCAGGCUGUGCCGCCAGCCCCGCCUCCCCCCUCGGGCUCCUCCUACAGGGUUCAGAGAGGCUCGGGGCCCCUCCCCCCAGCACCUCCACCUGGAAACACCCCUGUCUGUUCAUCAGAGGAGGACCAGGAGGACGCGAGCACUGUCGAGGACCAGGCGGAGUACACAGAGGAUUACAUCUACAUGACUCGGGAUCAGGGCUACCAGACCUCAGGUGUUUACACUGCUGCUGAGCCCCCUUCCAACCAGGAUGAGCAGGAAGGAGCUACAGCUGACUCUCCAUCAAGACCAGAUAUGAACUACAGCUACACACAGCAGGUGGUGAAGCCAUUAGCAGUCAUCUGCUCAUCACCCUCCUCUUCCUCCUCAUCACCCUCCUCUCCAUCAUCACAUGUUCCUGCAGCUGCUCACCUGCCACCAGCGACACACACACAAACACGAUCAGUUGCCAUGGCGAUCCCAGCUGCCUCUCCCUGGUUGGUUAAUGAGUUGGGUGAGGCCCUGUGCACCGUGGUGGCUCCGCCCCCUUACUCCUACGACCCUAACGGCAGCGAUCUACCCAGAGAUUGCAGAGUCCUCCAGUAUUACUUCAACCUCGGCGUCCAGUGGUACCAUCAGACCUGUUGGCAGCAGCAGGCGGCGUACCCUGCCACUUCACCUGAGAACCCGUACCCCUACCAGCACUACACACCGUACCUCAGCCAGGAGCCCCCCCUACACACUGCCCCUCCUUCUUACCCGGACACAGCCCGGGGCCCCCAUCAGUCUCCCUCCUCCUACCCAGAAUCCAGCAGGGCAGCAGAGGGACAGGCAGAUGGACACAGCAGCGGCGGCCCCGCCUCCUCAAUUGAGGGCUCCUCCUCUGUCAGUCCUGCCCCCCAAGGCUCCACCCCCUCCCCUGUCCUCCUGUACCCAGAUCAGAUGCCAGCUCACCCACCUAUGCACCUGCCAUAUGAAGCUCCACCCCCUACAGCCUACCUGCCCUCUGCCCCUCCUCCUCUUCCUCAUCCUGCUCACCCUCACCCCACCCACCUCUCCCAUCACUCCUCAUACCACCCCUGCCUCCCCCCCUCCACCCACUGGGGGGCCUUGCCGACUGGAAUCCACGCCCCACGAGUCUACUGCCCCGCCCCCAACACUGCCCAUAUGGUCGGUUAUAUCACAGCUCCGCCCCCCCACCACAUGGCCACACACUACAUCCCCCCCACCAUAUAACACACUCUGCUGAAACCUCACAACUGUUAGCUCAUGGCUAACAAUGUGUCUGUUUUUUUUAGUGAGCAGUGCCAACAAGUCCUGUCAGCAGGAAACAUUUCUGCUCAUGUGGAAGCUGUCCUGGGGACAGAAGAAGAUUGUUCAACAUUUUGUUGUAGAUGUUAGCAUGUUAGCUUCACACUAAGUGUAGUGAAGAACGGCACAGUUCUGUUGGGCUCAGUAGCCCCAUUUUUUUCCCUAAUUAAGUGCCAAAAAUGUAUGAACAACAUAGCACAUCUGCCUCAGAGUCACUUCCUGUUAGUUGUUUGUUUGUUGAAUUGUUUACCUCAUAGGUGAGCAGCUUGUUAAAAUGGAUCCCUGCUGUUACCAUGGGAACACAGGUAACGGAGGCCUUGGAGCCAUCCGACAGGAACGAUUCAGUUUGUUUGUUAAUGUUGUCAGUUCAGUUUAUCUUUCUAAUGUUAGCCAGCCAGUCAGAGAACGGGGGUGGGGCUGCAUGCUGGCAUGGUCAGUCCCUGUUUAUCAAUGAUGGGAUAUAUUUCUGUUGACAUAGUUGGUGGUGGUUUGUGUUUGUUUCUGGGUGAAUAAAGGUUGUUUGACGAGCACACGA